ACAAAUCUUGGCGCCUCUUUGGAAAUUGGAAGAUUUAGGAAGACUUUUCUUUUUCGAAAUCAGGACACAAAUGGCGCACACUAGAAGUUUCCAGCAAAUUUUAGGUCUUUCAGGGAUGAUAUUUGUGGUUGCAGUAAGUUUGAUGGCAUGCUCCAUUCGGGAAGGUAUGGCAUGCCCACAAUACUGCUUAGAUGUGGCCUAUACCACCUGCACAUCAAGUGGAGACCAACAUCUGCGAUCCUACUGCAAUUGUUGUCUUGUGCCGAACGGUCACAACUGCACCCUCCAUCUCACUGAUGGCUCACACAGAUCUUGUUGAAACGAACCCUAAUAACAACAGAGACCCUCUCUCUUGUUUUAAAUAAAAUCUAACUUUGUUAGAAAGCACAAGUACUUUUCUGAGGACUGUCUUGAUUUGCUUCUUGUUUCUGCAUCUGGAUCAAAUUGUGUAUAUUUAAAUACACUCUUACUAGUCGACUCCAAUGAAAUUAGGGAAUGUGUCUGGCCCUGUUGGUGAUAGUAGAGCGGAAAGUACAUAGUUUAGAUACGGUCCAGGGCAAUCCAUAUGUAAACAGUCACACAUGAUGGUUCCUUAUCAGAGGCAUAUUUAUGUAUAUUUGUCGCUUGGAUAAGUUCAACCUAGGAAUGGUUGGCUUCUAUGCUUUAUUUUCAUGUGAUUCCACCAAAGUUUGACA